AUGAUAUUAAGUACAAUAAAAAGAGUAAUGAGUUCAUCCAAGAGAAUAAUGAAAAUUAAAAAGAAUAAUAAUAUAGGUGAUUUUAUAACCAAGGUUGUCUAUGCGAAUAAUGCAUUAGAAUUUAUUAAUGGGUUAAGAUUGGAUCAAUUUUUUGGUUAUGGUAUUGAUGAAAAUCUAUAUUUAAAAAUUAAAACCUGCAAUCUCAAUUACAAAAAAUGUGAUACUAUCAACGAAGAGCUGAUUAAAUAAUUCAACGAUAUCUUCCAAUUGAUUUGGAUUGACACAUCAAUUGAAAAAUUAUAAGCUGCUCGAUUAUUAUAUAAUUAGAUCAUUAAAAAUAACAAUCAAUUCACAGAUAAGUAAAUCUGUGAUUUGUAUUCAUAAUUAUUACAGAAAAUCAAAUCAUUAAAAAACAAAAAUACCUUCAAAUAAAGAGUUCAUAUUAUGAAAAUGGAAUUUGUGAUAUUCAAAAUAUAUGACUAUUAACAUUUUCCUGAUAUUAAAAAAAAUUGCAAUAUAUGCAAAGUCUGUUAAUAGCAUAAAUCUAAGUACUACUGCGGAGGUUGUUUUUACUUUACGGGUAAAAAAUGGAGUUUAUGUUUGGAUGGAUGCUUCAGUAAAUUUCAUUAGGAACCCAGUAAAUAUUUAUGUAGAAAGAAAAUGAAUUAAAUUAAAUGA